AUGGAAGACUGUCAUAUGCAGUAGAGGGAUGUAAAAGAGACUCGACAAAAGCAGCAGAUGUAAUUACUGUAAACCCCGAUGGUGUCAUAAAUUCUGGCAGCACAACUGGUCAGGCUACAGUGAUUGUCACAGUUGAAGAGAACUUUGGAGUCACACAAAGUAUUGCCAUCUUAGUGGAGGUGAAGAAAAUUACCUACUUACAAGCUGGUGUAGAGGUGUUUAUGAGCACUUUGCCAGGAGAAUCCCUCAGUGUAGUCCCAGUUGGUGUAACCAUGAUGCUGCAUCUGACAUACCAUGACAACCGUGGGCGUAUUUUUCAUGCCACAAAUUCCCAGCCUACCUUUAGACCAUCAAGAUAUGAUCUCAUAGAUGUGAAACGUGGGGGAACAAAUGAUACUCUACAGGUGACUGUUCGAGGAACAGGCCAAACAGUUCUUCAUAUCUGGAAUGAGAAAGAUUCUCUUGUCAGUGGUUUCCUUCGCAUUAACACUGGGCAUGGCAUAUUUCCUCAUAAGACUGUGAUACCUCUUGGUGGACACAUUUGCUUGUCCUCAAGCAUAAGGAGUCCAGAUGGAGAAGCAGACUCACCUGGGGAAUGGUCAUCAGUUGGGGAUAUUCUACAACUGGGCACUGACAGUGGUAUAGCUUUUGGACAGCAGAUUGGGCGCUCUGUUGUGUCUUACAAAGUCAGCUCUUCUCUCACAACUACUACAGAAAUCAGUGUCUCUCCAAUUACCAAGAUUUCCUUGAGCAUUCCUACCCAAUCCAUAACAACAGGGGAAGAGAGUGAGCCAUAUCUUGCAAUGGUGACCCUAGGAGGAGAAGGAAGUAUGUCAGAUGAGUCCCAGUGUAAGCCUGCAGAAGGAUUCCAUGUCAGUCCACCUUUCACGUGCAUUGUAGCCUUCUCUCCGCCCAUUCCUCAGGUUGAUGCAAAGGAAGUUCUGAAAGCUAGUGCAGUUUAUAUGGCCAAGAAAGGAUAUGCUUGUGAGAUUAGCUCUGUGAGCAGCCCCUCUGCACUUCUGGCUAAAGGUCAGGCUUCAGUUAUACUAGAAGCUGUAGUGGUUAGUCGAGGGCAGCAGGGUGAAGUGAGGUCAGGCCAGGUAACAAUACCAUUCUACCCAGCACCAUUUGCAGAAGUCUCAGAAGUUACACUUACCAAUGAAGUACCUUCUACAUCAAUCGAGAUUCAGGGAACAUUUGAAGUUCUCGGUACUCUAGAAAUCGCAAGCGAUGUCAGCCAUUUGGAUUUGUCUUUAGGUACAGCAGAAAGUAACAAACGACCUCUAAUGCUAAGCCUAAGAGACUCUGUGUGGUCUGAGAUACCUGAAGAACCUCUCAUAGUGGCAAUUUCCUCACCAUACACCAGAAGUAAAAUUGAGGUUUCAGUGAAGGUGGAACAGGUUGGGGAUGGUUACUGUGCAGCACCAAGAGACCUAGGCAUCAUCAACCUAUUGGUGACAUUCCUGACAACAUACGACAGGCUUCUCAUCAGCAUUGCCUGUCUGGUUCUUACAGUUGCCUGCAUAGUCAUAAGUUAUCAUGCCUUGUUUGGUCCUGGGUAUAAGCAGACUCAGCAAACAGGUGUGUUUGCAAAUUCACCUAUGCCAGGACCUGCUAUGACAGCAUUUUCUCCAAAUCGCCCUUCACCUUCGGGGAGUGGAAGCAGUGGAGCGAGUGGAGGCAUGGACUCCUUAGCAAAGCGGUUGGACUACUCCCCUUCACCACAGAGAAUUACUUUGUGGAGUGUGAAUAACGAGCCAAUAUAUGGAGCUCCUCCUUUCAGACGAGGAGCAUAUGAGGAUUCCCCAACUUACAGAUCUUCACCAAAGUGAUCCUGUGAUGUUUAGAUCAAUUUGUUUGUAGUGGCUAUACAAUUUUUUCUUUCUUUUAGAUUGAUUGAUUUGUUUUUCUCUGUUGAGUUUGAGUGUUUUAAGAGCUGUACUUAAACAAGAUAGAUAGCAGGAUAGAUAUAUUCCUUUCUAGUUAACAUUCAAGAUGGACCUUUGAAAGUGAGUGUGUUAAUGCUGAACAGUAACAAUAGAUUAUAGAGAAGUAAUUUCCUUAAAGAAACAGUUUACUGUAUAAAGCAUACUGUUUAUUGUGUAAGUGUAUUUGCUAUUUUUUUAAUGUGUACAGUUACUGCAGUGAUUGCAAAUUCAGAAGUUAAAAAGAUGUAAAACAGAAGAUGCAUUUGCAGUUUUUUAUCAUGAGGUGGGAUUUUUGUCUGCAUAAUGUCAUGUAAUGUAAUCUGUUUAUUGAAUACAUUAUCCAUUAUCAUUUAUCCUAAUGUAAGAAUGUACUUCCAGUCUAUGUAAGAUUAAUGAUUUUUUGUUCAUUUGGAACAAAAAGAUAUAAGAAGGGCUUUGCAAAGAGAGCCAGGUAUGGUAAAUGGUAUAGUAAAUUCUUUUCAGUUAUUAACCCUUGAGCUGAGAUGGCAUGACAUACAUGCCAUGUCCACUGUGAUUUUAGUUUCAUAAUAGUGUUUACACAUUAAUGGCUCCACAAGUAAGUUAUCAAAAAGUCAAUUACCAGUCAUACUUAUCUCACCUGUUUGCCCUUUUCUUUGAAUUUUAGAUAAUUUUUAUUUUCUAUUGCUGUUAGUAUUUUGAUAUCUAUGAUAAUCAUAAUGCUAUUGAUGAUAAAUGUAAUAUUGUUAUUAGAAUAAACAUC